AUGCAUCUAUUUAAGCUUCUCCCUCUCUUUCUGGGCCUCUCGCUUGCCCUUCCGGCUGCUGAAGCCGAUCCCAAUUCACUCGAGGCUCGAGCAUGCACAUACAGUACAUUCUCUUUACCCUCUCUCCUCAAAGUUGUAGACCAAUUUACUCACCGUUUUGCAGGUAGUUGCGUCUCGAAGUGCUGUAAGGACGCUGGGUGUAAUGGGUUUUUGAAUUGUGGUAGAUCUAGGUGGGCAAGAGCCACGGUCGACAAGCGCAAUACAAGAAUAAUUUGA